ACUUACCCGAUGCAAACUGUACUAGAGCUUCAUUGGCACGUGAAGGCCAGUUGGAGAUCAAUUACCGCUAUAUUGAAACUGUUGCGUUGUAACGCAUUUGUGUUCUUGCUCUGCUAACUUCGGUUCUUGUUUAUCAAGCCGUCUUAAUCUCGCUAUUGUUGUGAGUUGCCUUCACCUCCUCAGCACUCAACAUAACUUUGGCUGUACAUAAAUCAGUCAGAGGCUAAACGUUAUAGCUGAACGCUAAGGAAUUCCGAGACUCGUUCCUUUGACGUAAUAUAUUUGAUCAUCUGUACAGCGAACUAAUUUUUACAAUUUUAUUAUGGCGCUAAACAUUGUUGCCAGGUUUUCGCGCAGUGUUAAUUUAAAUACUACACACUUGGAGCAGUUUCGUUGCCCUGUGACUUCUAUUGGAAAAGGCUACUUUGGAUUGCAUCUCAAUCGUAAAUUUAGCACAGAAGCCGUUGGAGAGUCAACGCCGAAGGAAAGUGAUAAAGAAAUAGAAUCCUUAAAGACUGAAAUGCAGAAAAUAACUGAAAGAUAUAAUGAUUUAGAUGACAAAUAUAAAAGGGCUCUCGCCGAGUCCGAAAACAUGCGUAAACGUUUGAUGAAACAGAUAGAUGAAGCCAAACUAUUCGGUAUCCAAAGUUUCUGCAAAGAUUUACUGGAAGUGGCUGAUAUUUUAACGUCUGCUACUAAAUCAGCUCCUCAAGACCAAUUAAAAGAUGGAGUUAAUCCUCCGUUCGCUAAUUUGUACCAUGGAUUAGUAUUGACAGAAAGCCAGUUGUUCAAGGUUUUCUCCCGCUAUAACUUAGUCCAGAUUUCUCCACAAGUUGGUGAACAUUUUGACCCAAAUAUCCAUGAAGCUGUGUUCCAAGCUCCUUUGGAAGCUGGAAAGGAAAAGAAUACAGUCGCUGUGGUAACAAAAGUAGGUUAUCAAUUACAUGGACGACCUCUGAGACCGGCGUGUGUUGGUGUGUUUGGACCUUAAAAUAAUUAGAUCUGAAGUACUCUAGGAAGCUUGAUGACAAUGUUUGUUGUACACUUUAUCUCAUUAUGAUUCUUUGUGUAAAUGCAUAUUAAAGUUUUUCCUUCUU